CCACUGUGGAUAGUGUGAGUCACAGACUCUUCAAGUCUGUGCAUUACGUUCUGAGUCACCCGACAGGCGCCUUGCCCAGGAUCAAGGCGGACUUUAAGUGUCCACAAAGCAGGAAUAGCAGCAGAAGCAGCUCCAGCAGCAGGUAUCUUCAAGGUGAAGCUGUGAGGAGGCUCUCAGACCUCUCAGAUCCCCGGGGGCCUAGGGCAGAUAUUGAUUCUGAAGAACUUGGACAGAAGCCAAGCAGGAGAAAGACCAGGCUCUCACCAAAGUUGAAGGAAGAGCCUAGGAGCUAGCAGAAGACUCCGGGGACAGAGAGUCUAGACCCUCUCAGAUGGAUGACCUCUGUGAAGCCAAUGGCUCUUUUGCCAUCAGCCUAUUAAAAAUAUUGGGUGAAGAAGACAAGUCACGAAACCUGUUCUUCUGCCCCAUGAGUGUCUCCUCAGCUCUGGCCAUGGUCUACCUUGGAGCCAAAGGAAAUACUGCUACCCAGAUGUCCCAGGUACUUGGUUUGAGUGGAAAUGGAGAUGUUCAUCAAGGUUUCCAGACACUUCUCGCCGAAGUUAACAAAACUGGCACUCAGUAUUUGUUAAAAAGUGCUUGCCGACUCUUUGGAGAAGAAUCGUGUGAUUUCCUUUCGUCCUUCAAGGAAUCCUGCCAGAAGUUCUAUCAGGCUGGGCUAGAAGAGCUGUCCUUUGUUAAAGACACUGAAGGAUGCAGAAAACACAUCAACGACUGGGUGUUGGAAAAAACUGAAGGUAAAAUUUCUGAAGUUCUGAGUCCUGGCACAGUCUGCCCAGUGACUAAGCUGGUGCUUGUGAAUGCCAUGUAUUUCAAAGGGAAGUGGAAGGCUCAAUUUGACAGGAAGUACACAAGGGGUAUGCCCUUUAAGACUAAUCAGGAGAAUAAAACAGUGCAGAUGAUGUUCAGGCAUGCUAAGUUUAAGAUGGGACACGUGGAUGAGCCGAACAUGCAGGUUCUGGCUCUGCCCUACGCUGAGGACGAGCUGAGCAUGAUCAUUCUCCUGCCUGAUGAGAACACUGAUCUCGACGUGGUGGAAACAGCUCUUACAUAUGAGAAGCUUAGAGCCUGGACAAACCCAGAAGCCCUGACAGAAGGUAAAGUGCAGGUCUUUUUACCCAGAUUAAAGCUGGAGGAGAGUUAUGACCUGGAAACUGUUCUUCAGAAUUUGGGAAUGACAGAUGCCUUCGAGGAAAAAAGAGCUGACUUCUCUGGGAUGACAACUAAGAAGAAUGUGCCCGUGUCCAAGGUUGCCCACAAGUGCUUUGUGGAGGUCAAUGAGGAAGGCACUGAAGCAGCUGCCACCACUGCAGUGAUCAGGAAUGUCCGGUGCUGUAGAAUAGAACCAAGGUUCUGUGCUGACCACCCAUUCCUUUUCUUCAUCUGGCACCACAGAACCAGCAGCAUCUUGUUCUGUGGCAGGUUCUCUUCUCCAUAGUGGUCUUACAAAGCUGAGGUUUGGCAGAGUGUUUGCAUAAAAAGCACAAGGCCUUGAGCUCAGCCCUAAGCACUCUAUAAAAUUAGGCGUGAUGGUGCCUACCGACUUAGCAUUUGUGAGGUGCACGGUGGGUGGGUCAUACACUCAAGGCCAUCCUCAGUGACACAGGGGACCCUGCCUCAAACAAAAAACAACGACAAAGUAGAAUGUGUGAUUGAUUUAUACACUAUUCUUUGCCAAAAGCCAGAAUUAAAAUUCCAUGUUACCAGAUUUGCCAUGGUGAUUUCUAUGUAAAGUGCUGCUCCACCCUGUUAACAUCUCCACACUGUGUGCCUCCUCCACUGACAGACUUCCCAGGGAAUGCCUGCGAAGGUCCCCCAUUCACAAAGCUAAGGGUAAGAGCUACAGAAUAACUGCUGUGACUGCCCCGUGACUCCCAAGCAGCUGACAGAGUGUCUCGUUCCAUCAGUGUUACCCAGUACUCCCGUGUGACUCAGGGUUCAGGCAACUCUUUUCACAAGUAUCAGGGCAAGUUCAAGGACUCAGCAGGACCUUCAGGCUGGAGCUGAGAGAUCAGGCUCCAAAGUGCUUCCUUAUCUACCCCGCCCCGACUUCUUUGUAAAGCUCCAAGUGUUUUUCUUAUCUCCCCGACUCUUUCUAAUGGAAACAUCACACUGAAUGAUUCUUGCAAACCAUGUCUCUAAUUAACCAUAUGCUCAGACAUGAUUCAAAUGCACCCCCAAAAUGCCCUCAAUGCAUAUGCAUGCCAGCAUCAGUACAUAGACUCAGUGGGUUGUAUUUAUACGUGUGUGUGUGUGUGUGUGUGUGUGUGUGUGUUAACAAAGAAGUCAUGAAUAUGAGUGGAAGUGACGGGGGCACAAGAGGAGUCGGUGAAGAGUGAGGAGUGGGAAUGUAAAUAGACUGCUUAUAUAUGAAAUUCUAAAAUAAAAUUAAAAAUUAAAAAAGACUGAAAUAUAUUUUCUGACUGCAUAUCAUUUGUAUUGUGGCAGAAAGAGGAAAAUUAUAGGAAAACAUACAAAGAAAAUUUAAGCUUUUCACAAGUACCCUUCUCAGAAAUCACCACUAAUAUGAAUAUGUGUUAUCUCUAUUAUAUGUAUGCAAAUAUAAAUUGAUAAUAUUUUAGCACAGGAUAAUGAUCACUUUUGUAGAUUAUUUUCACUAUAAGUCUUGCUCAAGACAAUUAUCAUUCAGUGACAACAUCUUCCUGUGCAUUGGAUGGGCCAGCCUUUUCUGUAACUGAACCUUUUUAGACAAUUUGGAAAAUUAAACAUGUAUUACAGACUACUGUGUUGAAUAUCUUCAAUAGUUGAUUAGAACUCUUAAUUUCUCAAUAAAUAUUACCAAAGUGAUAAUACUGUCAGUAUAAUGUUCAGGUAUGUGAUAUGACAUCCAAAACGAUCUCCAAAACUUGAACUGCCUUAGUCACACUAAGGUUUCAUUACGGUACACUAACUAUUGCUGGUCCUAUUAAUGUUUAAUGAGGUAGACUAAAUAAUGGUGACUCCUGACUCUGCUUUAUUCUCAGUUGACAGUUCCAUGAAUCGUGCACAAUGUAGUUCUUCAUUAAAUCUCACCAAGCUGUA